AUCAAUUUGAAGCUAGUAAACUCGGCCAGAAUAUCAUCAUUGUCAUCCAGGUCUUGUAACUUACUCGGAGCGAUGCUAUCAAUUUUGGUUUUCGUCCUCAUUCCGGCCGUCACCAAGGGUGGCGGUACAUUCAGCGCCGAAUUCAUCCUCCCUGAAACACCGCCACUGCAGAUUACUUACUCAGAAGAAGGCCUUCCGCUGGAUAAAAUCGUCAACUUGACUGUAAACGUUGAAAACGAGGUCGUCUUCUAUCUCUUCACCAAGGCGAACACGGAUACGGCUCAGGUGCUGAGAGUCGGAGACGUCAAAAGUGUCGUAGAAUCUUCCUUCGACUCCGAAUGGCCGACAAAAGUGAUGAUUCACGGAUGGACCGAUAGCAUUGACUCCCGGUGGUAUAUUACGUAUCGGGAAAAUUACCUAGCCAAUGGAAACUUCAACCUGAUUUUCGUCGAUUGGUCUUCACCUGCUGGACGAGAGUAUUUCACCUCCGCGAAGUUGACCCGACCUGUGGGUGAGCAUCUCGGAAAACUUUUGGCGUUCCUUGAGGAUGACGGCAACGUUUCCCUCUCGAAUGUCCAUAUCCUGGGACAUAGUCUUGGCGCUCACGUUGCGGGUGUCGCUGGAUCUAUGGUGUCAGGACGAGUUGGACGAGUGACCGGAUUGGAUCCAGCUCGUCCUGCUUUCGAAGCCCCUUUCCUCAUCGAUUCCAGAGAACGUCUGGAUCCGACGGACGCCGAAUUCGUCGACGUCAUUCAUACCUGUUCCGGUACUCUAGGAUUCGUCUCGGCCAUUGGUCACGCCGACUUUUAUCCCAAUGGGGGAACCUUCAAUCAACCCGGAUGUCCACCGAUAGCUUCUCAAUUUUGCAGCCAUGCCAGAUCACACCAGUACAUGUCAGAGUCCAUCAUUCGUCCGGAAGGAUUCUUAUCCACACGGUGUGAAAGUUGGGGGGAAUUCGUUUCAGGACGUUGCAGUGAUCAGGGAAAAAAAGUGUUCAUGGGAGAGAUACUGAGCAAGGAGACACGUGGAAGGUUUUAUCUGAGAACCAACUCUCAGCAACCUUUCGGGUACACUUCCAUGUUCCCGUUUAUGCGUGAAAUUUCCACUAUCGAAUUAAUUGUCGUCCAAUUCGUCCAUGUCCUCACUAGACGGUUUCUCGAUCUCACCACCGAAAAGUACUCUGUACUUCCGGCGAACGAUGUCCCAGUCAACGAUGUUGAGGAUUGUUGGCCUUUGUUCAAAUGAUAACUGACUUGCUGUUUCCCCGUUCAUCAUACCGAGAUCAAUGUUAUCUUUGUGUAGUGACACCACGUUUGCCUGCUAAUUACAAUUACGUUAAUAUU